AGAGAGAGAGAGAGGCUGCGCUGUGUCGUGCUGUGCGCCCAGCGAGCGACGACCUGGGUCAGGUGUUGGCCGGCAUUGAAUUGAGGUACAGGUGCUGUCGAUGGUGGAGGGAGGUCCGAGACUUGUCACCGAUUUCGUCCGACACUUGAUGGAAUUGCCUACAGAUUCAGCUACUACUUUCGUAAUCAACGUGAAUGUGCUGAGCGAUGGAGGCAUGAGUCCUCAGAGGAGAGGAGGAGCGGCGUAGGGUUGUUGUUGUAGCUGCUGACUCGUGGUGCUGCUUUCCGUCCCCUGCGCGGCCGGCCGUCUUCCAUAGCUGCUCGCCAUCUGAUCCCUUCACAUUAGAGGAACUUGCAGCAGGCGAGUUCUGUUGCGCACCCUUCUGUUGACCGUCUCUGCGUGCUCGUCCACCUCCUCGUCGUCGUGGUGCUAGUUGGGGAGAUUCGGCCACCGGAGAACAGGAGAACAGGCGCCCAUGGAUAAGAGUGAACCCAUGCAGAUGGCAUCAUCCGCCAGACCUUGCGCGAAAACUGCCCCAGAGCAACAUUAUGUGCAGAUAGAUUCGUUGGGAUUGCAACAACUUGAGCAUCUGGAGAAGGAGCUUGAACAAGCCAAACAAAAGAUUCUAGUACUGAGAGCGCAGGAACAUCGGGAGACAUCUUCGCCAGAGAACAAGGUCUCCGAAAGCAGAUAUUGGACCAACGAGGAACGGCAACGGUUCAAGAAAGCUCUGAAGACCUUUGGGACCGACUUUGCGGCUAUCGCAAAGUUCGUAGGAACGCGCAGUUCCACUCAAGUCCGGACGCAUGCGCAGAAGUAUUAUGCUAAGCUGAUCAGAGACUACAAACGUUCUGGCAAAUCUCCGGCGACAGUCAAAGGCCGUGAGGAGAAAGCGACCGGAGCAACUCGACUCACGACGAUGUAAAAAUGCCAGACGACUGCUGCUUGCUCCACAUGCGCAAAUAAUGCGGUCGCAUUUCAGACAGCAUGCAUGUCACGUGGUCGGAGGAGGAACAUCCUGCAAGCCAGGAGGAGGAUUAGGAGGAGGAGGAGGAGGGAGGGAGGGAGGGGUUAUCGCAGCUGGACUUGUUUCCUUCAGAGUCAUGAAUGUAGUCGUAGUCAGUCAGUAGUCACGAGAAAUUUCACGCUACAUGAUCCUUGGACUGACGUCCUGCCCAAGGUGCUGCAAUUUGAUAGAUUACGUGAAAAAUGAGUUUUUAGAAGCAGGCAAUAACGGCAGCCUAGCUACGUAGAGUAGGAGCUGUGUUGCGCCACGCCAUGCCACGCCACGCCCAGUCUCGCUUAGCGAACGAGAGAAGUCUUCAUUGUUACAGUUCUUCAAGAGAAUAGAAGAUGGGGGAGAAUUUGGCAGCACUGUCUAUCCGCGCCAUCUCAAGUUUCUGAACCAGGUAACAUUGGUCAUGAUUUUGCCAUCAGAUUUUAUUCAACAAUAGAGGGGAAAUAUAUACAAUCCUUUGCCCUGACCGUGACCGUGAUCCAUUCACAAUUGUUGAAUACUUACACUCACUCACUCACUCACAACGUCAUGGCCGAUGUUCCUUCCGACGAGCGAAUUGGGAGCUACAAUUGGGAGCAUGUAACGUAUUAGCCUCGGAAUCAUCCGCAUGCUUUCGAGCAGAAGAGGCCAGAUUUAGCCAGAUUGUCUCCUGACCUCCAUCGCUGCUUCUCCGCUCGGGGCUCCGGUCCGUCGAGUGUGCAAUCAAUCAAUGGCAUCUGCACAGUGUGCCAUGCGUGGUCCGCGGAAGCAAACUGGAAUUCGGAAGAAUCCGAUCCCUGGAUCUACGAGGAAGCGAACGCGACGAAGAUCUGAUUGCGCUGCUGGACACGUGUCCCGCUGGAGAUUGGAAGGACUUCCCGAGGUCAGAGUCUUUCUAUGCUCUUCGAAUCUCGCACGCUGCUUCCCUCCUUCCGGUGCAUGAAUGCGACUGGCCUUCGGGAACGAGAUCCUCAAGUCAAUUCUCUUCGCUCUACCUCUCUGGCAUCCACCAACCACUCCGGCUCCUCGUGCCGGCAGGAAGACGCCAAGCGAUGGUCACGCACGACAUCAUCUGGAAAUAGAAACCCGGUCCAUUCACGGAUACAAGAUCGAGAUCGAGAGUGAUGUCACCACUCACAUGGACGCGCAUCCUGCCAGGACUUACAUUCCCGUUUUGGAGCAUGACUCCUUGGGUUACAUUGCAUUCGUGUUUUCCAAAUUUGUUCUCAACAGUAUAAAGGUCCCCAGACGAAGGCUCUGUGCUCCAAACGCUCCUGGCAAAGGUCG